AUCGGACAAUCCAAGGCAAACCAUUCCCUUCUGAACCUAAACCACCGUCCAAUCUUAAAUUCCAAUUAUCUCUCUCCAUGGCGACGGCUCGAAGUAUCGCUCCCCGCUUUGCCGCGAUAGCCGUCGAUCUGGAAUCGCUGGCCGACGGUCGGGGCGUUCCGAAUCGCCGGGUUCGCUUCGGGACAAGGCAGUGGAGGCUCGGCAGCGUUCUCCGCGGCGACUUCACAGAUUCUCAGCAUACGAAGUACUACGCAUCGCCGGCGAGAUGCGGCGGUGGGAAGGGGAAGGAGAAGGUGAAGGAGAAAGAGAAGGUGGCGAAGAAGGAGAACAACAAGAAGUUGAAGCUGUUGAAGAGACUGUCUGAAGACCUGCAGAUGUACGCUUCCGGGAAAGAGGACGGAGGGAUGGCAAUCAUGGAAGCGCAGAAGGUUUUGCUGGCGGAGCUCGAGGGUUUGAGAUCGGCGGAGAUGGAGAGGAAGAGGAAGAGCGAUGAAGAGAAAGAGCUGGAGAGAGCUAUAAUGAAGCCAAAAGACUGCUGCGAAUCUGAAUCCUCGGACUCCAGCUCGUCGUCGGAGUCGAGCGACAGUGAUUGUGAAGACGAGAAGGUAAUGAUGAUGAAAUCACAGCGCAAGAAGUCCGACUCUGCAAUAACGCAAGACAUCGGAACAAUUCAGCCUAUUGGAGUUCUCCAAGAAGAACGAGAAGAGCGCAAUGGUGAUGUUUUCGCGACCUUUGCUAGCACUGUGGGAGCGUUGAGCAGGAAGAUUGAAGUUUGUGUGGGAGGCAAAUGCAAGAAACAGGGAGCUCUGGAACUGAUGGAUCAAUUUCAAAGGAAGGUGGGAAGGGAAGCUACCGUUAUGACCUGCAAGUGUUUGGGGAAAUGCAAGAACGCCCCUAACGUUAGGGUAUCGUCGAGUUGCAGUGCCGAUGGCUUCCAAGAGCUGGAUGGUAUUGCUGAGAAGCUUCUCUGCAUCGGCGUAGGAUUGGAAGAUGUGGACGCCAUUGUUGCCAAUCUUUUGGGCGAAGGAACCGGAAGUCCACCGGCCAUGGCAGCAGCGUCUGUUUGAGCUUAGACUCUGGUUGCUCCUUCACCUGUCUCUCAGUCGUUUGUAAUUUGUAUAUAUCAGUCACACUCUUGUGCUGAUUGCGUUUGUUUUAUCUUGUGCUGUAUAAAAAUAUACAUGUAUGAACUGCAAAACUGUUUCCUGUUUGUCUCAUUGGUAAAGAAGAUUGGGAUCUGCAGCUGGAUCCCAAUCUUCUGGAAACUGAAUCCCAAGGUGAUGGUUCCUGUUUGUUUCUUUCAAUGUCGACAUGGCAGCUUGGAUCCCUGAC